AUGGUCAUUAGUGAGACCAAAGUUAGUGGUGAGAGAGCUAAGAGGAUCUCAGAUAGAAUAAAUCUUGAUGGGGCAAUUUUUGCAAACUCAAUUGGCCUAUCUGGAGGAUUGUGGGUUCUUUGGGACUCUGACCAAGUUGAAAUUGCUGAGCUAGCUACCACUGAGCAAGAAGUUCAUGUAAUUGUCACGCCCACAGCGAAGCCUCCCUGGCUUCUCUCAGCCAUUUAUGCUAGUCCAAGGUAUGCUGAGAGACGGCUGCUUUGGGAAAAUCUUGAGUCUGUGGCCAACCUUCAUUCCAUGCCCUGGGUAAUAGCAAGUGAUUUUAAUGAAGUGCUUAUGGGGGAAGAUAAGUUUGGUGGAUGUUCGGUCAACAUAAGUAGAGCCCUUCGCUUCCAGGAUUUCUUGAACAAUUGUAGAAUGAUUAACAUUGUUGUUCUUCAUCUGGAAAAAACUCACUCGGAUCAUUGCCCUAUUAAAUUGUGUUUUGAGAAAGAUAGGGGUCUUCACUUCCCCAAGCCCUUCCGCUUCCAACCUAUGUGGCUUUUGGAUCCAAGUUUUCCGAGGGUGGUAAGGGAAGAUUGGAAUAAUUCUCCCUCUUUGCAUCAGGCUUUGUCAAUCUUCUCUUCCAAGGCGCAAUGCUGGAACAAAAAUCAUUUUGGCAACUUAUUUCAUAGGAAGAGAAGGAUCCUAGCCAGACUUAAAGGGAUUCAAGUUAGUUUGUCUCUAAGACCCAAUGAUUUCUCGGUUGAUCUGGAAAGGAAGCUAAGAUUUGAAUAUGCUGAGGUGGCAAAAAUCGAGGAGGAAUUUUGGACUAUAAAGGCUCGGAUCCUUUGGUUGGUGGAGGGAGAUAGAAAUACUUCCUUCUAUCAUACUUCAACUCUUGUGCGCCGAAAGCGAAAUAGAAUUAUCUGUAUGAAGGACAGAAUGGGCAAUUGGCUAAAUGGGGAAAUAGAGAUUGCGGAUUUUAUCAGGCAAGGUUUCUUGGAUCUCUUCACCUCAGACAAGGAGAUCUUUGAGGGUCUUUGGGUGCUUAAACCCUUUAAAGCUCCCGGCCCGAAUGGUCUCCAUGCGGGAUUUUUCCAGCGUUUCUGGCUGAUUGUUGGUGACUCUGUAAGAGAGGAGGUUAAAGGGGUUUUCUCUUCAGGGGUUAUUCCAGACUAUAUGAACCAAACCCUCAUUACCCUCAUUCCUAAAUGCAAAAGCCCUGAGUCUUUGUCCAACUACCGGCCAAUUAGCUUUUGUAAUACGAUCUACAAGAUAGUGACCAAGAUUAUUGUUAACCGGAUCCAUCCCUUUUUGUCUGGUUUAAUUUCUCCGCUCCAAGCAGCGUUUGUCCCAGGAAGGAAGGGCUUGGAUAAUGCAAUUAUAGUCCAAGAGUUAAUCCACACAAUGUCAAAGAAAAAGGGCAGUACAGGUGUUAUGGCAAUUAAGCUUGACUUAGAAAAGGCUUAUGAUCGCCUUGAAUGGAGUUUCAUUAGAGAUACUUUGAAUCUUUUGAACUUCCCUGAUAAUUUAAUUUCUCUAAUCAUGAGCUGCGUCUCCACCACCUCUAUCUCUAUUCUGUUUAACGAAGGGGCAUUGGAUGCUUUUCAACCUUCAAGAGGGCUUCGACAAGGUGACCCUCUAUCGCCUUAUCUUUUUAUCUUAUGUAUGGAAGUUCUCGGGGCUUUAAUUGAGGGGAAAUGUCGAGAGAAUCUUUGGAAUCCAAUUAAAGCUUCUCAAGGGGGUCCAAGUUUCUCACAUGUAUUUUUUGUUGAUGACCUCAUGUUGUUCGCCAAAGCUGACCGGAAAAAUUGUGUUGCCAUUAAGGAUGUUUUAGACUCCUUUUGUGAGAUUUCGGGGCAGAAAAUUAGUGGCAAGAAGUCUCGUGUCUUUUUCUCUCCCAAUGAAAAAGGUCCAUCUCAUUGGUUGGAACAAAUCACAAAAGCAAAAGAGGAAGGUGGCCUAAGUAUUCAAGCAGCCAAGCCGAAAAAUACUGCCCUUCUUGCGAAGCUUAAUUGGAGGUUUCACUCAGAAAAAUCCUCCUUAUGGGUAAGAGUGUUAUCAAACAAGUACCGAGCUCAUCGUAGAAGUUUUAGAAGCGCAACAACCCUUACUUCGUACUCAUCUACUUGGGUUGGUCUUAAAAAAGGUGAGGAAAUUUUUUCAAAAGGUUCCAAGUGGAUAGCUGGGAAGGAUAGCUUCUUAUCUCUCUGGUUUGAUAAGUGGCUGAACAAAGGUCCUUUGAGAAGUCUGAUUUCUGGACCUCUGAACAAAGGUGAAGAGAAUCUUAAGGUGAUGGAUAUUGCUAGCUUCCUUGGAUGGAGAUGGGCGGGAUUAUCCUUUGAUCUCCCUGCCUCAAUUCUUUUGGAAAUAAAAGCAACCCCUGUCCCUUUCUCAAACCAGAGUAAGGAUCGACUCUCUUGGUUCUCCUCUCCCAAUGGCGAGUUCAAGUUGAGGGAGGCAUAUCGCCUUGCAAAUUUGGUUGGCAAUGAUACAGCGAAUCAGAUUUUCAGAGGAGAUUGGGUGUGGAAAGUGCAAUCCCUUCCGAAGAUAAAACAUUUUCUCUGGCAAUGUUGUCACGAAAGCAUACCAGUCCGGGCCAUUCUUGCAAAGAGAGGUAUGGAUGUUUCUUUUCUAUGUCCUAUAUGCAAUAAUGCUCCUGAAACCAUUAUUCAUACCUUAAGAGAUUGCCCCAUGGCACAAAGGUAUUGGAACUCCUUUUCUCCUCCGAUCCAAAGAAGCUUAUUUUAUGAUACUAAUGUGGUGGAGUGGCUGAAGCUUAAUUGUCAAAGCUCCAAGUCCAGCAACUCUUCGGGUAUGGAGUGGGGUAUACUCUUUCCUUUCGCUCUUUGGACUAUUUGGCUUCACUGCAACAACACUGUCUUUGGAAGACCUCAUCUCCAAAAAGAUUCCAAAACUGAAGCAGUAGCCAAAGCAGCUGAAUUUCUUCACCUAGGAAUUAAUGGGAAGCUGAUAAGAGCUAAAACAAAAAUUCAGGUUCGUUGGCACCUUCCUCCUCUUAGCUGGUUCAAGUUGAAUACAGAUGGAUCUUCAUUGGGGAAUCCCGGUUUGGCUGGCGGAGGUGGUAUAAUUCAGAAUGAUAAGGGAGAAUGGGUCAAAGGAUUUGCACGAGCUAUCGGGUCUACAACAAGUGUUGCUGCAGAACUUUGGGCCCUUCGUGAUGGCAUUCGCUUGUGUAUUACUCUUAAACUUCUAGCAGUUGAAAUUGAGCUUGACUCAAAGUUGGUUGUGGAUCUUAUGAAGAAGGAUCUAGAUCAUCCUAAUGGUAUUGAUGUUUUGGUGGCUGAUUGUUGGAAGUUUGAAAGUUCAAAAAUCUGCUACUUCUAUGACCUUACUUUAAUGGUUGACCUGAAUUACACUUAA